AACGACAACGACCUAUCAACGGCGUCCGGAGGGGAUGUCCACGAAGAGUGACUCGCCGCUCGUCUCGUCCCUGGGCGCCUUGUUCGCCGAGGCAGGCUUGCGGGUCGAGCUUACAGGCAGAGAUGAGCGAGAGAAGCGUCGACAACUAGCGUUCUAUGACGAGGUCCUUCUUGCGUCGAUCCAAUUGAGCCUGCCGGCAUCUACGAACAAAUUGCCAGCACCUGCGAACGGCUUACGACCAAUUUUUGCUUUGCCCUUACCCGCAAAGACCAAAAAGACGUCUGCUGAAGAAGAGGAAGAGGAGGAAGAGGGCCUGAAUGAACCGGAAGAUCUUGUGGGGGCAGCCCCGCCAAGGCUGCUCUCUCUCCUCGUCUCGUCUCUUCACGUUUCCCUCGAUGCGUCCUACAUUGCUCCAAGGCUCGACGAUGCCACUGCUUCGUCGCAGCAAUCGCAAUGGGGCGGCUACAGCACCAUUCCGAUUCCCUCUACAGACACGAAGGACGCAAGCUAUCAGGCUCCUCUCGCCUCGACGUCCUAUCAGCAAGAUGUCACACCCAUGUAUGCUACAUCUUGGGCAGGGGACCAGGUACCGCCGCCUCCGAAGCCAGAGAGCCAGAAGAGUAGGAAGCAAAGCAAAUCUCAGAGGGCGAGGAGACGCACAAUCACAGCUAGCGAUGCUCACGAUGUCGAGUCCGGAGAGCACGCGGCCCAAGAGCGUGGUGCCGAGAUCCGACUGGUAGUGCAGGGCAACGAAAAGCAUUGGGUCGUGGAGUGGAGAUGCGAGGUCCCUGUGGUGUACAUGCGCACGAGGCAUCCAUCGCCCGCGCUGAGCCUGACAAGCAGCCUGGCCUUACGCCUAAUGCCAAUGCAGCUGCAUCGAGUCUCGGAUGCCAAAGGAUUGCCUACCCGAUAUCUCGACGGCUUGUCGCCGCCGUCAAAUUCGGCCAUCGAGGCCCUCUACUCGCAUGACCUUUUGAGCGCGCUCUCCGAGGGUCCUUCAUACCCCGAUGAGUCACCAGCAGAACGAGCAGCAAGAGCCAACGCCAGCUUGGCACGGCUCCCACUCGGCAAGCUUCCCAGCAACGUCCUUGGCAGCCGGCUGGUCACGCCAAUGCGAGGCACGAAGGACAUCGACCGGCUGUUGCAGCGGCAGAGGGCCAUUCUUGAUGGCGUACGGACACCGACGGUCACGUCAAGACGAGCAAGCCAAAGCCAAGAGCUGGAUGUAGGCGAUGGCCUACAGCUGACCGACGUGGCCGAUAUGCCUCCUUCGUCAGCCUCGCGAGGAGGCAAUUCGACCUUUGAUUCGCCAAGGCUCGAUGGGCCCGACGAAGAGGGAAGAGGCGGCUUGGGCCAGGAGGUUAGGCUUCUAAGGAGGAGCGUGCGCAAGGUCAUGGACGUUCGAAAUGCCAUCGCGGUCAGAAUGCGGGUGGCCGUCGUGCCUGGCAUCAAAUCGACUGCAGAGGACGGCGACGAUGACGACGAAGAAGUCGAAGGGGAGGGGAGAUCAGUAUCGCCGUGCCUCGUUCUCUGCGUAGAGGUCGAGAACACGUCCGGCAGUGGGUUGCAGUUCCUUCUCGAGUCAAUCAAGGUCCAGGUAGCCCAGCCAGUCAACGUGUCUCUGCACCAGCAGCAAGCCUCUCUCGACGUCCCUGUCGAGGCUGCUCUCGUUCCCGGCGGUUACAAGUCGUUGCCUCUAACGAUCGAACAGGGCGAACAACGAAACUUGCUCUAUCAUGUGCAGUUCCACUCAUCGCUCUCUCACAAUGCUGAAAACGACGUAGCUUCACCUGCUUCAUUGCUGGCGGAAGCACAGAGGCAAAGGCACGUCUCCAUCAAUAUCGAAGGCAAGCCGGUUCUCAAGUCGGUGCUUGCCAAUGCAGAGGAAGUCAGCUACUCGCCAACUGCCAGCUACAGCUCGACCUGGAGCUGUCACCUGGAUCUUUCGCGGCAGCUGCAGCAUGUGGCCCUCGAUCUCGUCGCUGUCUCUGGCUCUGGUCACUUUACCUUGGGCAAGGUACAGAAGCCAACGCAGACCGGCAGGAGCAGCCACCGAUCUUUGGUCACACCUACUGCUGCUGUCCCUCCCUUCGCAAAUGACUCGGACUCUGUGGGACAGCCCUUGUCUGCUCGGCGAUCGAACGUCUUGACCGUCAAGCCACCCCCUCCUAUUCGUACGGCUUCGGCGGUUGCAUCACUCGAGUCCCCUUCGCCUGCUUCAGCUUCUUCUGCGACGUCUUAUCGACCGUUUCCUUCACCAGGGAGCGCUCAGAUGCCGAGGACGCCGUUUGAGCUCCGAAUACCAUCCUCUUUGACGUUACGAACACCCACGGCCGUCCCCAGUGGCGCAAGCAAUGACAGCGGCUUAGCAACGCCGCGGCCCAAUCUACGAGCUCCGAGCGCAGGCUGGCAGAGCGACAGCCACAUUGCUCUGCGUAGAGACACCAAUGCCCAGUUCGAACAUCCGCAUCAACCUUGGGAGCUUGACACUGUCGACGAGCCGACUUCUGGUCGGCGUGGCUCCCUCCUUGGACAAGGUCUGCUGGCGAGGGCGAGGAUGCGAGCUGCGAGUGCUGCGAGUGCAAGGGCGGCACCUGCCGCUUUUCUCUCGACGGCGGCGAUGCGGAGACAAGCGCCGACAAAGCUCAAUGGCAUCAACAGCUCAAGCGCCGACUCGAAGCUGACAACGUCUUCACUCUCGACUACCUACUCUGCCAAGGAGGACAGCAGAUCAAUGGCUGGACAGAGAGACGUCACACCUACGCCGCUGCAGCUUCAUCAGCGUCCGUCCUUGCACGGCGAGAAUGCUGCGGAGAGGGCGGAAACUAACAAGCUCCUUCCGCUUGAUGGAUACCACUCGAAAGCGACCAAGGGACGGUCUGACCUGGUCCAACAGCUCGUUCUCGGCGCCUCGCACUUGCGCGGCAUCCUCAUCGACGUAGACGUUGUGGCAGUCCCUUCGCCUCCAGAAGCCAAAGCAGGAGCAGACGAGCGUUUCUUCGACGUGCGCCUAACGCUUUCAAACAGAAGCUACGAGACCAAGACGCUCAUCGUUGGUUGGGUCCAUCGCCACCCCGUCUCUCGGCUCAGCCCACAACGACGAGCCAGCACGCUAGAGGCACGGACAAGAAAGGCCGCGGUGGACGACGAGGAAGUGUGGCUCAAGAAGAAAAGCACGGCACUUGAAGGAGCCAAGCUGAGGUCGGCACUGAGGCUGUCGGACGACGAGGUCCAUGUCGGACCCAUCGCGCCAGGCACGACGGAACUGGCAAGCCUACGGAUCUCAGUUGUUGGAGGAGGGAGCGAAGAGCAGGGGCAGAGAGGUGUGAUAGGGCUUGGAGGACUCAGGGUCCUUGAUCUCGAUUCGGGUCAGGAGAAGAUCCUGGAUGAUCUUCAGAGGCUCGUCCUGUAACAGAAGCUUCAUGCAACUCUGCAAUGCCUUGUCUCUCUCACGUACGACUUGUGCAUGUCAUUAAAGACCAGCUAGUUGGAGGAAUGCUCACAG